CUUCGAGGGAUCCCUUCAUCAAGAUGGCCCGUCGUCAACUCGUAUCGAGCUCGGCUACGGGACGUGGCUGCCGACGGUGCCAAUGAGCCGGAUAUGAAUUCUUCACGUCUCCACUCGAAGCCUAAGCCAUGCCAAGCUCCCGGAGGAGGUGGCUGAGCUUUAGCUUGUUGAUUCUUAACUCCGACCUUUAUGGUGAUGGCCUGGCGCUUCUGGGCCCAUAGUAGUACACCCAGAGUACAUAAAACGCUGCACCUCUAACCGCCGUCGAGAUGGAAGUAUCUGGGAAUCCAUCGCCACAGCUGUCUUUCCUUUCCCCUCUUUCUUCUUUUGUUUCUUGCUCUACACUCUCUUUCAGUCUUUCGCUCCUUUCGCCAUCAUGAAGCGCAGCGCGCUCCUCCUUUCCUUCCUUCCCCUCGCCUUGGGUUGCGAAAGCCCCGAGAGCCAUGCUUGCGCCUCCGUCUACUCAGUCUCGUCCGCCGCAGCUGCUAGCUUCUGUGCCACCUUCACGGCUAGUUCGGUGACUGCUACCACCGACGUGCCGGAUGUUUUCCUCUCCAACUGCGACUACAAGACCAAGCAUCUGUCAAGUGCCUGCAGCUGCCUGGGCACAGUUGAUGGAUCUUCUCCCGCAUCGACCUCGGCAGCUUCCUCCAGCAGUCAGGGCAAGGCGCCUCCGGUAGCAGCUACUCGAACCUCUGCGGCGGCGACUACCUUCCAAACCACCGCCGUUCGUGUGGCGGUGUCUACCUCGGCGGCCGCGGCGACCACCCAGGCCCCCGUACCAGUGCAGAGCUCCGUCGCGGGCAACGGAGGCACGACCUGCACGGUGACCGAAUACGCCUCGAUCUCCUCCGCUGUCGCAUCCUGCUCCAACAUCCUCUUGUCCAACGUCUACGCCCCGGCAUCCAGCACCAUCGAUCUCACAGGUCUGCAAACCGGUGCGGCAGUCAUCUUCGCUGGUGAAACCACCUUCGGUGACACCUAUGACGAUGACUUCGAUCCCAUUGUCAUCUCUGGUACCGACCUGACCAUCACUGGCGAGGAAGGACAUGUCAUCAAUGGUAACGGUGAAGCAUACUGGGACGGCGAGGGAUCCAACGGUGGACAGGACAAGCCGGACCACUUCAUCGUCAUCAAAGACAUGUAUAACUCCAGCAUCGAGAACCUCUACAUCCUGAACUGGCCCGUCCACUGCUUCGAGAUCGAAAACACCGAGCACCUCACCAUCUCCGGCCUGACCCUCAACAACUCGGCCGGCGAUGCCGCCAACAGCAAGAGCGACGGCGACCCGGCCGCCCACAACACCGAUGGCUUUGACAUCAAGCAGAGCGACUACCUGACUCUCUCCAACAGCUGGGUACACAACCAGGACGACUGUGUGGCCGUCACCAGUGGUACCGAGAUCGUCAUCGACAACCUCUACUGCUACGGUGGACACGGUCUGAGCAUCGGCUCCAUCGGCGGCAAGAGCGACAACACCGUCAACGGCGUCACAUUUUCCAACUCUCAGGUCGUAGACAGCGAGAACGGCUGCCGCAUCAAGAGCAAUGCCGGUGACACAGGCGAGGUCUACAACGUCCGCUACGAGAACAUCACCAUGUCCGGCAUCACCGACUACGGUAUCGACAUCCAGCAGGACUACGAGAACGGUGGUGCCACCGGCGACCCGACCAACGGCGUCAAGAUCGAAAACAUCACUUUCGUCGACGUCACCGGUACCAUGAGCGACGGCAAGGACUACUACAUCCUCUGCGGUGACGGCAGCUGCUCCAACUUUGUCUUCACCGAUGUGGACAUCACCGGUGGUAGCGAUGACAGCUGCAACUACCCGUCCAGCGGAUGUCCUUAGGAAUUUCUCGGGGGUAGGAAUGUGAAUGUAUAGUAUCACUAUCUAGUAUCUUCUUGCUUCUGAUGCUGUGGAUCAGCGGAUUUAGCAUAUUGUAAACCGGCUCAAUCAAGGUUUAUGCAUUUAUGUG